AGGAGGAGUGAGCCAGCCUUUAAAGGUUUGUCUUCAGACAGCACUCAGCACAUGCUCACAAGACGCAGACUCKUGAUCUACAUUCUCAUAGCCAGCUUUUCACUUAGACGAGAGGACUCUUCAGUGUUCCAGAGAGUGUUCUGUUCCAGGUCUGUGAGACUCCACUGAAGAUCCRGUUCGUGAACACUCACAAGAGCCCUGCUGGAACAUCACCCAAGGGUACCCUGGGAAUCUGUGGAGCUGCCAGUUGAUCUGCUGCGUUUGAGGAUAGUGGGAGGACCGGACAGACGGAGCAGGAGAUUUAGUCGCUCAGACAGUCUGACAGUUUUCUGCUGUGUGAUUUAGUUAAAGGGACCAACCAGCAGCUGCCACCCCAGGAUAUGCCCCCAUUGGGUCACUGAGCCGGACUGAUGUGUUGUGCGAGCCAUGGUGACUCUGUCCCAUAAGUAGCCUUUCAGUGAGGAAGACUGCGAAGAGGACAGACAAUAGACCAGAGGAACGACGUGAAGAAAGGAGGAAGAGCAGCAGCAGAUAAACCACUCCAGAAUGCCUGUAGAGACCCUCCGGCCCUCAGACGGGCGUCUGGCAGGGGUCCCCUUCACCUCAGCCAUGCCUUUCCGUAUCCUCAACAAGGGACCCGGCUACUUCCGGCGGCCCGCGGAGCCCGGAGCCGGUAAGCUGAGUGCUGUGGAGCGUCUGGAGGCGGACAAGGCCAAGUACGUGAAGAGCCAGCAGGUGGUGCUCACCAGGCAGGAGCCUGUCAAACCACCCAUCAUCCGCAAGCCUCUGCUGUCCCCGGGCAUGAUGCUGCAGUGUCGGAUCAACGCCCCCCCGGCCCGCAAGGUGCCCCGGCGGCCGGCCGACUCAGAGAACGGAGGAGGGACAGGAGGGGUAGGGUGGCGGAGGGGACCACCUCUUAACCUMGAGAUCCUCAACAACCUCAUCAACAAUGUGUGUGAUGGACCCCUUCUCUGCUCCCCAUCUUCCGUCCCCUCCUCGCCCUCCACCUCCUCUCCUUCAUCUGGGGGGAACAGCAUGGGGAAUGGACUCUCAGCUGACCAGGAGAGGAGCAAUCGAGUCCUGAGCAACCUUAAACCUGUUAAUAACUGCAACACCUCCUCCUCCACCACCUCCUCCUCUUCCACCUCCUCUCCCCUCAACAACAACAACAGCCAGACCUGCCCUGCCGAGCCCAGCCACCGGCCGCCCCCUGUCCCAGCACGGGGCAUCAGGGUGGGGGUGCCAGCGCCCUACAGCUCUCCUAACUCAGUGACGGUGCGCAGGGUGGAUGUGAGGCCCCAGGCUGAGCCGAGGAAGCCCCAGAGGACCCGGUUUCAGCCUCAGAUCAAGCCCAGACAAACUUCCCAGCCCCAGGUGGCUCAGACCCCAUCACCACCACCCUCACAGCAGGCCAAGCCCCAGCCCCUCACCCCCACCCGGGCUUUGCCCUCUCCCCCAACCUACCUGCCUCCCAGCCCCAUGCUGAUCCGGGCGGACAUGAUGCCCCCAGCCUCCCCUGCUUUCACCCGCCUGUCCUCAGCCAGCUCCAGGGGGUCUCGGCCCGGCUCGGCCCGGAAACACCCCUCCCUACACCGCUCCAAGUCUGACCUGAGCGACCGGUACUCACGAGCCACAGCUGACCUGGAGCGCUUCUUCAACUACUGUGGGCUGCACCCAGAGGAGGUAGAGGGCAUGGGGGGAGUGGAGCGCUUCGCCAGGGCCAGCUCAGACAUUGUGUCUGUGUCCAAGCUGCGCAGCGCCAGCACCCCCAGCUCUGAGUGUGAGCAGGCGCGGGAACAAGUGGAGGUGGAGGGCGAGGAGGGUCCUGCUCGACCCGGGGACCGUGUGCCCUACGGAAUCUCAAUCAUCGAGAGGAACGCUCGUGUCAUCAAGUGGCUGUACGGGAUCCGGCAGGCGCGGGACGCUGUGUCCAACGUUUAGAGGAAAGAGACAGGAGGGGGAGGCUCUGGAAUGAUACCCAGGCCUAGAGGAAAGAGACAGGAGGGGGAGGCUCUGGAAUGAUACCCAGGCCUAGAGGAAAGAGACAGAAGGGGGAGGCUCUGGAAUGAUACCCAGGACUAACACAGGUUGUUUUUUAUUUAUUGAUAAAUCCCACAGACAAUUGAGGGGUACAUAUUUUCCAGGAGGACAUUGUUAUUCUGUAUUGUGUUGCCUUACGGCAUGUAUAGUAUCAUUUCUUAGAAGAGAAGAAGGACCAGAAAUCACACUCCUCUCUAAACAAAUAUUCAAAGCAAUAAUGGCAGUGGUAGAAAUGACGGAAUGCUGAGGAUGAUGGUGAUGUUGACCAGAUGCUGUGGUUCCUGCUGUCACUGUCUGUCUGAAAUACAGGUACUUCGGAGGCUGUGUUUAGAGUUCCGGGCCCUGUUCUCUCUGCACAGGGGUCCAGGGCCCUGUUCUCUCUGCACAGGGGUCCAGGGCCCCGUUCUCUCUGCACAGGGGUCCAGGCCCCGUUCUGUCUGCACAGGGGUCCAGGCCCUGUUCUGUCUGCACAGGGGUCCAGGCCCUGUUCUGUCUGCACAGGGGUCCAGGCCCUGUUCUGUCUGCACAGGGGUCCAGGCCCUGUUCUUUCUGCACAGGGGUCCAGGGCCCUGUUCUGUCUGCACAGGGGUCCAGGGCCCUGUUCUGUCUGCACAGGGGUCCAGGGCCCUGUUCUGUCUGCACAGGGGUCCAGGGCCCUGUUCUCUCUGCACAGGGGUCCAGGCCCUGUUCUGUCUGCACAGGGGUCCAGGGCCCUGUUCUGUCUGCACAGGGGUCCAGUGCCCUGUUCUCUCUGCACAGGGGUCCAGGCCCUGUUCUGUCUGCACAGGGGUCCAGACCCUGUUCUGAAUUUACAGAAUCUAAUGAUGCAAGAAAAGGCUCUGGGUGUUCCACAGCUCUCACACACGUGUGUGUGUGUGUGUGUGUGUGUGUGUGUGUGUGGAGCAAGAAAGACUAGAACUUCAUUGAUACUGUGAAACAUGAAAGCUUCCAUUAAAAUAACCUGUUUUACUUUCUUGUAACCUUGGCUGUAAGACUGUUAAUUAAUACCGUUGCUGUCAAGCAUGCAAGUGAAAGUUAAUAUGUGUCCUCAUCUCAACAAAGCACGAUCACCUAUACUCACGCCUCACAGUUGAAACAGACGUGUUCAGGUCAGUGAUAGAGUAUGGUCAAUCACUGUGUCUGCGUUUUCUGUACCGCAAUUGAACACGGUCUCUAAUCAAACACGGCUGCAUUGGUCAAGUUAGUCUCUGUUUAUUCAGGGAAAAAGGUAUCUGUCUGGGCACGGAUGACAAAGAUAGUCUUGUGAUGAGUGGAUGGUUGAGGUAAGUGUAGGUUGGAUGAGUAGGGUGCUGUCUGGGGUUCUAGGAGAGACACACACGGCUCAAUGGAAGAGGGAUCAGGACGGUAGGUCUAGUGAGACAGGUUGAUACAGGAAGUCGUUUUUAUACAGGUUGAUACAGGAAAUAGUUUUUAUACAGGUUGAUACAGGAAAUAGUUUUUAUACAGGUUGACACAGGAAAGAGUGUGAGACAGAUUGACACAGGAAAGAGUGUGAGACAGAUUGAUACAGGAAAGAGUGUGAGACAGAUUGAUACAGGAAAGAGUGUGAGACAGAUUACACAGGAAAGAGUGUGAGACAGAUUGACACAGGAAAGAGUGUGAGACAGAUUGACACAGGAAAGAGUGUGAGACAGAUUGAA